GGUAUAUGAAGGCGCUGUCCCAGUGCCUGGGAUGCCCUUUUUCUACUCCUUUCCAUCCCCUUAUCCUUAAUCCAUCAUCGCCUGACAAGAUGCCUGGAGAAGAUCUCGCAACCACAAACGAUGUUGAGCGCAUCGAGGCGCCAGUUACCUGGAAGGCCUACGUGAUCUGUGCCUUUGCCUCGUUCGGGGGAAUCUUCUUCGGCUACGACUCCGGAUAUAUCAACGGUGUCAAUGGAAGUGAUAUUUUCAUUCAAUUGGUCGAAGGCCCAGGCGCCGACAAGCUCACUUCCUCAAAUCAAUCUCUUAUAGUCUCAAUUCUUUCUGCUGGUACUUUCUUCGGUGCACUCGUCGCUGGUGACAUGGCUGAUCGAAUUGGACGAAAAUGGACUGUCAUCCUUGGUUGCGUCAUCUACACUGUCGGAGUUGUUAUUCAAAUGAUCACUGGACCGGGAGUUAACGCUCUUGGAACGAUUGUUGCAGGUCGCCUGAUUGCUGGUUUUGGUGUGGGUUUUGAGUCUGCAGUUGUCAUCUUGUACAUGAGUGAAAUUGUAAGUAUUUCCAUUACUCCUGCACUCAGCCCAUGCUAAUAUUUUUGCAGUGCCCAAAGAAAGUCCGUGGCGCCUUGGUCUCUGGAUAUCAAUUUUGUAUUACAAUCGGUUUGAUGAUGGCAGCCUGUGUUAUCUACGGCACCGAGAAGCGCCCUGACACUGGAGAAUACCGUAUUCCUAUCGCACUGCAAUUCAUCUGGGGUCUUAUUCUCGGUGGUGGAUUGUUCUUCUUACCAGACUCCCCAAGAUAUUUCGUCAAGAAGGGUAAACUUCAACAGGCAGCAGAUUCUCUCUCUAGACUUCGUGGACAACCUCUCGAUUCCGAGUACAUUCAAGUCGAGCUUGCCGAAAUUGUCGCCAACGAGGAAUAUGAGCGCUCCAUCAUUCCUGAUACCGGUGCUCUUUCCAGCUGGGCUCAAUGCUUCAGCGGUUCCCUGUUCGAGCAGAAGUCAAACAUCCGUCGCACAAUUCUUGGUACAUCUCUACAAAUGAUGCAACAAUGGUAAGUUAUGCAAAGGGUUCCAAGUGCGGUGCUUGUGCUAAUUGAAUAAAUACAGGACUGGUGUCAACUUCAUCUUCUACUACUCGACCCCAUUCUUGCAAUCCACUGGUGCUAUUGAGAACACUUUCUUGAUUUCGUUGAUCUUCACCUUGGUCAACGUUUUCUCUACUCCAAUUUCCUUCUACACCGUCGAGAAAUUCGGUCGUCGUCCUCUUCUCGUCUGGGGAGCUUUGGGAAUGACCAUCUGUCAAUUCAUCGUUGCUAUCGUCGGUGUUACUGUUGGAUUCAACCACACUCACGUCGGUGAGGAUGGAUUGAACAUUGCCAACAAUAUCUCCGCCGUAAAUGCACAAAUCGCAUUCAUCGCUAUUUUCAUCUUCUUCUUCGCCUCUACCUGGGGUCCAGGAGCUUGGGUUCUCAUCGGUGAGAUCUUCCCUCUACCCAUCAGAGCUCGUGGUGUUGGUCUGUCCACCGCAUCCAACUGGCUAUGGAACACUAUCAUCGCUGUCAUCACGCCAUACAUGGUUGGUGAGGAGUACGGAAACUUGAAGUCCUCUGUAUUCUUCGUAUGGGGAGGUCUUUGCACGUGCGCUUUCGUCUACGCUUUCUUCUUGGUACCAGAGACCAAGGGUCUUUCCCUCGAGCAAGUCGACCGUAUGAUGGAGGAGACUACUCCAAGAAACUCCCCUAAGUGGGUUCCUCACGAGACUUUCUCUGGUCACAACGCCCGCAAGACCGCUGUUGGACACACCGAAGAUGUUUUGGUCGAUAACGAGAAGGAUAUUGAAAAGGCAUAGAUAUAGAUCUGUUUAUGUUUAUAUCCGGGUUUACGAAUGAAUCAUGUAGAGUGAUGGUAUAUGAUAUAUGUGUUUUGGCUUAUGUCUUAUACAUCUUGGGGGUCUUUCCUUGUAUACCCAGUGCUUGCCUGUGGCGCACUGUUUGUUUUUAUGAGCGUAAUGUUAAUACCAAAUGCAAUUUCAGCACAUUCAUCUGAAAAUAUAUAUAUUUAAUGCUGCAAA